UACAGACCACACCUAGCAAUGUAAUUGUACCCUUUUUGUUCCUUUACUUUUACCAAAUUUAUUGUUGUCAAACUCUUAACUAUAUCCUCUUUCCCCAGCACUACAAUGCUUCCUUAACCAAUACACCAUCCCCUUUUCUUCCUUUCUUAUCUUUUCUGAACACCUUAUAUCCAAGAAUAUUUAACAGCUAGUCUUUUUCUUUCCUUGAGCUAGGUAGGUCUUGGUUAUUGCAUAACAUCAUACUUCGACAUGGCAAUCUGUGCCUGUAACCUCCCAGCCUUAUUCACUAUACUGUACUCUGUAUGUUAACAUAUGUGCAGUGAUUCUGACUUCGACUUAAUUUCUUUCUCCUUUAUUCCCACUUCACCUAUUAACUUGCAACUCUCUACACUAACACCAGCCAAAUCUCCAUUUUUUGUGAACGCUGGUAUCUUCCUCAACUAUUGUCUUGGUUCCCACACCACUGAAAAAUUAAUCUAAAGCCCUCCCAUCUACACUAGCAAAACACCUCAGAAGUAACUCAGACCCAGCUCUGUUCAGGUGCAACCGGUCCACUUGACAGGUACCAACUUCUCAGUCCUGGUCUCCCAAACAUCCAAAGAGCUCCCUCUUCCGUCAUUUAGGUGAUCGAAAUACAAUUGCAUUAACAUUACAGAAAUAGUAUAGAUGAUCAAAUUACAUGUGAAAUAACCCUCUUGAAAUUGUACAAGUGUGGAAAGUACAAGUGAUACAACAAUGUAGAAACAGUAUAAGUGAUCAAAAAUGGAGGCAAUAAUACAGCAAUAUGAUGGAUGAUUUGAGAUGGGCAAUAAUGUCUAAAAACGGGGGCAAUAAUAUGGAACUAGCAUAUAUGAUCAAAAUGAAAGUGCAAUAAUAAAUAAAGAAAUAGCAUUGAUGAUCAAAAUACAAGUGCAAUUACACCACAGAAAUACAGUUGAUCGAAAUGCAAAUACAGAAACACUACAGAAAUAGUAUAGGUGAUUAAAAUACAGGUGCAAUAACACUACAGAAAUAGCAUAGAUGAUGAAAAUGCAAGUGCAGUAACACUGUAUAAUAACAUAGGUGGUCAAAGUGCAAGUGCAAUAACACUAAAGAAACAAAAUAGGUGUUCAAAGCUGAUCCUGUUGCAAUAACACUAUAGAAUUAGAAUUCUUGAUCUAAGUGCAAUAUAGAAAUAAUAUAGGUAAUCAAAGUGCAAAUAACAAUAUAGACAUAGUAUGGUUGAUCAAAAGUCAGGCUGGGGCUGGGCAAUGAGUCUCCCUCUAUCCUUUGAGACAGGAGUACAGAGAUACACUUCCUGGUUCUACCCCCCCACAUUCCCUUUAAAAAUACCCGCCUUCCGCAUCAGCGGAAAGCCCGCCCCUUACCCCGGCCUCCCGGGUCGCCGAUUGGCUGGAGGCGGCCGCCAGUCUGGAAGGGGGGCCAAUCGGGAGGGCGAGAGGGGCGGGGCCGGGCAUUGUGACGCAAGCACCGGCCGUUUCGCGGCAAAUAUUUGGCGCGUAAAAAGCAGCGAGAGAGAAGGAAGGAAGGAGAGAGAGAGGGAGAGGGAGAGGGAGAGGGAGAGGGUCAGCGGCUGCUGCUGAUGGCAGCAAACCCGGACUGGAGUCCAACUCCAAGUAUCCUUUUUAAAGGCUGGGACACUACCCGCUGCAGUUUACAGUCACCGGCUCAGACAUUCUCAAACACUAACCCCCACCUUUUCCCUCCAAAAAAAAAGAAACAAAGCAAAGUAACAAUCAGAAACAGCAACAACAAUUGCAACAUUGACCAUGUCCAGGGAAGUGUCAGGGGCUCCGGGAAAGCCCGGAACCUCCGCUGAUUCCCUCCGGACCGGCACCGGGCCCGGCCGGCCGCUGCUGAUCUUCUCCUCCACCCUCUCUCCACCUCCUCCUCCUCCUCCUUCCCCGGCAAGGAGUGGCCCGGUUGAGGCGGAGAGGUCGGGGACCGGGCCCGGUCCGGAGGCGGCACAGGGCGUCCUGGUGUUCGCUGCUACCCCCCUGGGUCCCGGCUCAGCCGAGUGGGGACAGCGGCCCCCCCUAGGGCGCCCGCCGGUGAAGAGGAAGUUGGAGCUGGAGAGUGAUCAUCAGUAUCUGGCCAUGGAGAUGGUGAGCCCCAGAGGGAAAGGCAAGUCUUCAGGGAGAGGUCUGAAAUCCCCAGUGGAGAAGACUCGAUAUGACACGUCCCUGAGCCUGAUCACCAAGCGGUUUAUCCAUCUGUUGGCACAGUCUCCAGAUGGCGUACUGGACCUGAACUGGGCAGCACAGGCCCUCGAAGUUCAGAAGCGCAGAAUCUAUGACAUCACCAACGUCCUGGAGGGCAUCAAACUCAUUGCCAAGAAAUCCAAGAAUCACAUCCAGUGGCUGGGUGGGCAUCAGUUCCUGGAUGGUGAGGUCCUGGCCCGGUACCAGGCCCUGGUGAAGGAUAUCGCUGAGCUGGAUGAAAAUGAUCGCAAACUGGAGGAGCUGAUCCAAAGCUGCACCCUGCAGCUCAAACUGCUGACAGAGGACUCGGAAAGCCAGAAGUUUGCCUAUGUCACAUGUCAGGACUUGCGCAGCAUUGAAGACUUGGCUGAUGAGAUGGUGAUGGUAAUUAAAGCCCCAGCUGAUACCAAGCUUCAGGUGACUGAUCCCAGUGAGGCACUUCAGAUCUCGUUGCAAAGCAGCAGGGGGCCAGUGGAUGUCUUCCUGUGUCCUGAGAGCAGCUCGGGCACUUGCAGUCCCGUGAGGAGCCUCGUCAGCCCCGUGAAGGUCAGCCCUGUGAAGGUCAGCCCCAUCCGGACAGGUGGGCUGGCUCCAGUAACCCACCAGGAACUGUUAGGAAGCACUUCCCAGGGGACCAUCCUCUUAUCGUCUUCAAGUCAUGACCAAGGGACGCACCUUGCAAGCAAUGCAUCCUCCCCAUUGGGAGGAGUUGCGGACAUUAACCUUUCCCCUUUGACCUCAGCUGCCAACCUUCUACAGCAGCCGGACGACACCCUUCCCACAAUCCCGUUUGAUGACAUGUUUAUCAACCUCUCUCCACCAAUGUUUCAGGAUUACCAUUUUGGGUUAGACGAAGGGGAAGGGAUCAGCGAGUUGUUCGACUGUGACUUUGACACGCUACCACCGUUGGAGUUCUGAGGGAGUGUUUGUGGGUGAGUUGGGAGCCGGCCUGUAUUAUUCUGAAAUGGAAGCAGAAAUUGCUGGAGAAGCUCAGCAGGAGUUUGUGCAGAGAGAAAGCAGAAUCAGCGUUUCGGAUCAAGUGGCCUUUCUUCAAAAUUUCCAGCACCUGCACUUCUUUUGUUGGUUUGAUUUACUGUGUUAUUCUGUGCCAGAAACAUUUGGGAAAGGCUUUCUCCCUUUGGCUCAUGUGAUUGAUCAGCUGGAGUUGCCUUGCAAGUCACUGGAAGAUGAAAGUUCCUGAGACUGGAGUGAAUUUGCUCAUUCCAUGGUUUCUGCUCUGUAUAAAGGUGUCCUUCCUAAUUGGAUCCCCUCCCUAACCGUAAGCCAUCUCUAAUCAUAGUAAUUAUUUCAGAUCAUUGGAAUUUGAGAAUCUCAGAGGAAAUACUCAUUGUGAUCAUUUCAAGUUUUCCCUUCAGUCACUGUUGCUAAUGACCAUAUGUUAGUCUUGAAUGGUCAUUAGCUUCUCUCACCCAUUACUGGAUGCAAUAGAGUUAAAAUCCAACAAAAGCCACUUGAGGUAUACAACUGAUUAAAAAGGACCAUCAGGAACCAUUAUCUAAUGUCGCAAUUUCACAGACAAAGAGCUGUGCACAUGAAUUAUGUCAGCUAAUUUAUUUAGUAGCCAACAAUUUAUAUUGUGUGAGGGAAAAGGUCCAUGCUAACCGCCUGACCAGUCACCCGCCCGACCAAUCAACCUCCUGACCAAUCAGCAGCCUUUUCCACUUGCUGUAUAAAUUGUUGUUCCCUUUGAAUUUGAUGUCCUGAUGAGUGUGAGAUGAAAAGCUUCGACAUUGCAACUGUUUGCCAAAACUCAGGUUUUAAUUUUGUUGUGAAUCAGCAUUCUUCUUUUAUGAGGUCCCCUUCCUGCCUGGACCAUAUUCUGAGGUGUCCGGGCGGAGUCUUGCCGGUGUGGGAUGUCUGCUCUGGGACAGAGAAAGCCAGCCCGUUCCCCCUCCCCCUCCCCCGGGUGGGGGUGGGGGCUGUUGGGUUUGGAGUGUCCCUUGACUGACUUCCCGGUGAAAGCUGCCCUGAAGGGGGAUCCAAUUUUGCCGACCGGGUCUUUCUGGUUGGACUGGUUAGGAUUCCGCACAGAGUGGUCCUGAUGCUGUGGUGGUGAUAAGGCAGGGCCCCAACCAUCCCGGUACCCUGAUGGUUCAGAAGUUCCGAUUGGCUGGGCAGGUGGUUGACUGAGGGCCAUUUCCAGGGUCAUUAGGUUGUUUUGGGGUGGGUGGGUGGGUUGGCUUAACAGUCUGUUAGCAUUCAUUCACCACCCCCUCCCCAGAAAGGUCCACCCACCCCCAAAAAAGUAAUGCCAACUGUGUCGAUUACUGCAGUGCCACUGCUGUCUCACCUCUGAGCAGUUUGCUGGUGAUGUUUAAACAGCGAGCCCCGGUGAAGGGAGAGGGGUAGAUCUCGAAUUUAUGUGGCGCCUUUUGCAACCCUCCACAUCUCUUGACACAACGAAAGCCUGUGAGGUGUUUUGCGGGGACGCUAUUAAAAUGUACGUCUGUGACGCUGAGAGGGGUGGGGGUAGAUGGCCCUAAUGACCAAAAGGGGUGAGCUUCAGGGAAAUGUCUGAACACAGGAGAGUGGGGCGGAGAGGUUGAAGACAGGAAUUCUGGAGCAGAGGUGUAGGCACAGCUGCUGUGGGUGGAGCAUUUAAAAUGGGGGGUGGCUCUAGAGGCCAGACUGAGGUCAGGGAGGUUGCCAAGAUGGUGAGCGAGAGAGGCUGCCGAGUGAUUUGAAAGCAAGGGUAAGAAUUGUAAAAUCAGAACGUUGCUUGAGGGGGAAGGGGGUGGUGGGCCAGGGUCAUUCAGUGAGGACUGGGUCAGUGUUAGAGAGGGAUUUAUGAUUUGUUAUGGAGCGGAGGGGAAAGUGACAGGGCUUUGGGUGAGUUGUAGUUGAUGGAGGUGGGACUGUGUUGGAAUAGUCCAGACCGAGUAUAACAAAGGCAGGGGUGAUGGCUCCAGCAGCUGAUGAGCUGAACCAAGGUUGAUGAUUGUCAGUGUUACAGAGGCAAGCUUAGUGACGGGUAUAGAUGUGGGAAGGGACAGAGACAUCGGAGUACAAAUACAUCAGUAACUAAAGUUGUGCCACAGUUUAGCAAAGUCAUCUUGAGAAAAGAAACACACGAGGUUUUAUAUCCAGUUGGGGUGGAAUUGCGUCAGACCUGGGUGCAACCGUUACUCACAAAGGAUGAAGGGGGUGUUCAGAAGUUUAUCUCAGGAUCAAACCUGGCGUGAACCUGACAAACAGACCCUCUCAAUCUUAGACUCUUGCCAGGGACCUGACGGAGUUGGUAUCUGCGGGGAGUGUGGGUGGUUUGGAGUGGGGCCCAAAGACAGUCUUCCCGAUAUUAACCUGGAGGGAAUUUCUGAAUGCCCAUUAACUAGAUGCUGGGUCAAGCAGUCUGCGAAUUCAGGGACAGCGGGCAGGUCGAAGAACAGUGGAGUUGAGUACCGUCAGCUCGUGUGAAAACUGAUGAAUAAUUAACUCUGGGCUUUGCAAAUCCAUGAAGCCCUUCCCAGUAAAAUGCAGCAGCUGCAGCAAUGUUGUACAUAGGAAACUUCCAGAAAGGGCACUUGGCAAGUGUCCUUCAGUGGGGGGUUAGUGGCCCUGAACUUCACGCUGAGCAGGGGCAUGUUGUAAACUGUCUUGGUGUGGAGAGUUCCUCUCAUUGAAAUGAUGAUGUUUUCCACUCUGUUUUCUGCUUUGAGCUUUUUAUUUUGUUUUAAUGUGCGUUGCCUGUUUUGUUUUUUUUUCACUCUCCCAUUUUGCGUGACAGACAGAGGGAUUGAAAUCCAAGUGGAGUUUGCUGUCAAACUCUCUACCUGCUUGAAAUCUGCCUGGGUUUCAGGCAUGCUGGCUAUCACAGCCCCUAGUUUCUGCCAGUACCAGAAACUGUCCUGUGAGGUGUUUUGGUCCCGGUGGUGUUUGGUGGUUUGUUAAGUGGGUGUGUGAGUGUCAGCUACUUUCGCAGUAUUUAGUGCCGCAGAGUUCUGGGUAGAGGUCUCCACACGGGUCUGAGGACCGAUAGCUGGGGCUGACCCACCAGGGCAGAGUGAAGGGAGUGUGCCCUUGUCAGAGGGGCUGCUGUUUUGGGUCAGAUUUUAAACUGAGGCUGCUCUUCUGCACUUAAAAGAUCCCAUGACACCAGUUCAGAAUUGAUGCUGAGAAGCUAGGCCCGGUGCCCUGGAAAUUGUUCACCAGUCAGAAUCCACGGUUAAACUGGUUGCUCUCGCGUUGCUGCUUGUGGGAUCUUGCUGUGCGCAGCUUGAUUCCAGCAGUGUCAGUAACUACUUUACCAAAACUGCUUUAUUGAUGAUUACAAGCUGAGAUCUCGGCUGGUCGUGCAAAGCCCUAGCUACAUGCGAGGCUUUCUCCUUUUUAUUGCAAACCUUUAAAAUAGACGGGGCUUGUUUCUCCCUCUUCAUUAACUGCGCUGCCACUCCAUGCUCCCACCUCCCUAACCCCACCUGGGGCAGCUCCUUGGGAGAAUGUUCCCUGAUGGAAUGGGAGCUACCUGGGCAGAGGGCGAGAUAUUCCCAGGCACCUUCUCAGUUCUACUAGAGAAGAAUGACAUCUCUGAGAUGCACUUCCAGCAGAGACCCAGAUGGGCUGAUUGGCCUCCUGUGCCACACUGUGGUCCCGUGAUCCUGUAUUUAACUGAGGCUUCCAGAUUGGAGACGUCUCCCACUGUUAUUGUGUCCCUUCCAAACUUCUAAUAAUAGAACCCUCACUCCUGAUUUCAAGUCUCUCUUUCUCUCCUAGCUCCUUGGCAGGCCCACUACCAGAGCUAUCUGCUGCAGCGAAGCAUGGAGUUGGUAUUAUUGUAUAAUUGCCUCUUGCCUCUCUCCUUUAAUCUUCUUGGCAGCACGGUGGCUCAGUGGUUAACACUGCUGCUUCACAGUGCUAGGGACCCCGGUUUAAUUCCAGCC